AUGUCAGUUAAGCAUUCCCUUCUUAUUAUACUGGCCUUGAGCCUAUUUAGGCCUGGAAACUCCAUUGGUAGGAGAACUAGGGCUAGAAGAGCCUUAAGUCCAGAAUUAAUGUCAGAUGAUGAUUCUGAGGAUUCGGAUUAUACAGAAAAGGUACAUCGGAAACCUCCAAGACGAUUUCCUUCCAAAACUCUUGAGCCUGAAAAUUUAAAAUCUACACAUCAGGGUUCAAUUAAUGAAGUAUUUGAUAAUUUAAAAGCUGUAGAAGUUGAUGAAUUACAUGAUAAAGAAUUGGAAAAACUAAAGAGUGAAGAAUUUGAUGAGUUAAUGAGUAAAAAAUAUGAAGAAUUACAUGAUAAAGAAUUACAAGAUUUAAAGACUAAAGAAUAUGAGGAAUUAUUGCGUAAAGAAACAGAAGAUUCAAAGAGUAAAGAAUUAGAAGACUUAAAGACUAAAGGAUUAGAAAGACUAAAGAGUAAAAAAUUAGAAGAUUUAAAGAGUGAAGAGUCUGAAAGUUCAAAGACUGAAGAAUCGGACAGACCAAAGUAUAUUAAAAGUUCAGUAAAGUUGGAUCGUGUGACUGAGAUGAUGUCAGAGUAUUUAUCAAAGAAUACUGUGGAUUCAAAGAAGUUUUGUAAAUAUGAUUUGGAGAGCUGUAUGGUAUUUAUAAAUGCCUAUACUGAGAGGUGUUUGAAUGGUGAUUGUUUCACUCUGGACAAUGCUCCCGUAGUGGCUUUACCAAACGGUUUGAAGAUUAAUCUCCCGUUUCUGAACCAGUAUGCCUUUGCAUUGGGUGUUUUUGAGGAUUCAGGCGCUUGGCAAAAGUCGAAAUUUUACAACUUAUACAGAAAAAUUAAGAACAGAAUAUACCGUAGUGAGGAGAGGACAAUUGAGUCCUUUAACAGCAAAAUGACUCGGAUUAACUUUGGAAAGACUAACUUUGGGAACGAUUUUAAUCGCAUGAUUCUGACGGAGGUCUUGUACAAGGCCACACUUCACUAUUUGGCAUAUUUGGCUGAUAGUCCGCUUGCCAAAUUCAUGAACAAGUGGAAGCUAAUGCGCUUCUUCUUCAGGCUCAGACAAACCAGUUGGUUGACCCGUGCUGCGAAGAACGUUGCUAAAUCAAAGACACUUGAGAUAGGAAUGAGAGACUUACAAAUGGUAAUUGAUUCAUAUCUGUUGUACCUCAAGGUUUCUGGUGUGGUUGAGCCUGAAAGGCUCACAAUUUCAUAUUCUAAACUGGUGAAACACUCCAUUAUGAAGGUUCUGGGCACCAAGGUGGUUAGCGCCUUAAUGUCAGACUAUAUAUUAACUAUGCCUCCACUACUUUCAGACUUCUGUAAGAAUGGUUCCUCAGAUAAACAGCCUCUGGAGAAAAACACUGUUCCCUACGCUUCAGUUAAUUGUAGGGACAUGGUCACCGAUUACUUGGAAAGGUGUCAGGACGGCAAUUGCAUUACUCUGGACAACAGAACGUUACUAGAUGGGAAGGAUUAUUUGAACGUGGACCUUCCUGAUUUAGACCAGGUGAAUGUUGCCGUGACGAUAUUUGUGAAUUCUAGAGCUCAUAAAAAUUUAAUUCUAGACUUCAUUUUCAGGCGCAAAUCUAGAAUAACCCAAGAUCAAUUUAUAGAUAGGGUAUACAAUGAGAAUCUGAAAGUCCUAAAAUUUAACAACAGAGACCACGAAAUGCUGGGCAGAUAUCUCUACUAUGACACUCUGUACUUCAAAAUUAGAAGUCUAAAGAACAGAAUUAAGUUAUUUUUCAGUAAGAAGAUUGAAACUCAGCUUAGAAGCUUCCUCGAGCCUCUGGUUAAGAGUAAUCCUGUGAGGAUUAACAAGGUUAAACUUGGUCUAAUUUUCGCUGCUUAUCGGAACUACUUGUUCGAGAACAACUUCUCUAAGGACAGGGACAAGCUCAUCAGCUUCGUUCAGGUUUGUCACGAGGUUUUUAUGUCAUUUACUGACGGAAACUUUGUUGGAGGCAAGAAAAAGAAGAAAUCAAAACAUUUGGAGCAAGAGGAGGGGACACCUGAGGAGGUGGAAUUUGACUAUGAAAGGGAAAAUAACCGAAUGUACGAAAAUGAGGGGUUCGGGUUGGAUUCCACUGUUCAAACUAAAUCGCAUAACAAACCUACAAAAUUAGAGGAUACUGAAGAAUUUAUGGAAGAUGAAUAUUAA